UUGUCCGUGUUCAGCCAUUGUUUUUCUACCAGAGUGAGACCUCUAUUUCUGUCCUCCUCUCUGCAGCCCUGUGUGCACCUCUCCACCGGCCACCAGCAGAAACACCGAACCUUCUACGAGUUCCGUACCUACUGCAUUCGUCCAGACCAGAACGCCGCCUUCCACAAGCUGACCAAUGAGAAGAUCCACCUGCGCACCACCCACUCCAAGCUGAUUGGCUACUGGAGUGUCGAGUAUGGCGGCCUGAACCAGGUCUUCCAUAUAUGGGAAUAUGACAGUUACUCUCAGCGGGCAGCGGUCCGGGCUGCCCUGGCUCAGGACCCCUCCUGGAUCUCAGAAUACACUUCCAAGGCGAUGCCAAUGCUCACAUCUCAGGACAACGAGGUCACCUACCUGGUUCCCUGGAGCCACCUGCAGAGGCCGCCACAGGAGGGCGGUGUGUACGAGCUGGUUUCCUUCCAGAUGCGUCCUGGUGGUCCGGCAGUUUGGGGUGAUGCCUUCCAGGCUGCAGCCACCUCCCAUGAUGCACCAGGGUACGGCAAACUGGUGGGAGCGUUCCACAACGAGUUUGGCCAGAUGAACACAGUUCACGCCCUCUGGUGGUUCGAGAGUGCCAACCAGCGAGCUGAACUUCGACACAAAGCUCACAUUGUGCUUAACGCCGUCUCUGUCUCUCGGCCAGUUCACGCUCUCUGGUGGUUCGAGA